UAUCCACCCAAUCACUACCUUCCUUCAUCCGUGCCAAAUUCCUUUCCUUCACACGCGUGGCCAUUCAACCUAACCUUCGCCGGAAAAUUCAUUUCUCCCGCCGGAAACUUGCCGGUUCCGUUUCUUCUCCGGUGACCUAACCGCAAUUUUCAGUGUGUCGUCCUAAUAAGUUAUUAUCUUAUGGCUUUCUUAAUUUAAUGGACAAUUUCGAAGGUUUAACGGAAGCUUCUGACGUUAUAUCUAGAAUGUAAUCAUGUGGACGGUGUUUAUAGGAAGUCGAGUAUGGUGAUGAUCAUGAAAUUAUUUUGAGGCUUUGAUAUUUACACACCCAGUCUAUGCACUUUUAUGGCAACUGAAAUGCAGAGAUUUGGGACAAGUGAAGAAGAUGAUGACGAUAUGGGGUUGGAUGUGAAAGAAGAAGGUGAAAAUGAAAAUGACGAUGAUGAUGACGAAAAAAACUCGAAUCCUCCAAUGAUGGUAGAGGUUGAUGGUGGAGUUGUUGCAUCUAGUAGAAGUAAUAACAGGUUUCAACAUCAGCAGUUUCAAGAUCAGAUGACUCCACCAGGAGGUGGUGGCAGAAGGUGUAGGCCUGUAGAAGAAAAGGAAAGAACAAAGCUUCGGGAAAGACAACGGAGAGCUAUUACUGCAAAGAUCUUGGCUGGACUUAGAAGACAUGGAAAUUAUAAUCUUAGGGUUAGAGCUGAUAUUAAUGAUGUGAUAGCAGCCUUGGCUAGGGAAGCUGGUUGGGUUGUUCUACCGGAUGGAACCACCUUUCCUUCAAGAUCACAGGGCAUGAGACCUUCUGCUGGUGCAUCAACGACAUUGGUAACUUCAUCCACCUCAUUGCCACUGCAGCAGAACCAAGCUAUUUCUCUUAGAGGCAUUUCUUCUGCUUGUCCGAUUGGGAUUGAUGACGAAGCAUGCCAAAUGAAAAGUCUUUACGUUCCUUCUUCGACUUAUGACGUCUCAACAAGUGCUCCUUCACAGUCUUCUCAUAUGCUGGGAGUUGAAGUUAAUGCUCAAGAUGAUCCUCUCAUAGGAGUUUCUGUAGAUGCCGUUGGUGGCAGGCAGGGGGUUGAAAUGCCUUCGAAAUUGCAGGAAUACGAUUUCGCUGGUACUCCUUAUGUUCCUAUCUAUGUAUUGCUUCCUUUGGGAGUAAUUAAUAUGAAGUGUGAACUCGUUGAUCCUGAUGGCCUUUUGAAGCAAUUAAAGGUUUUGAAGUCGGUCAAUGUCGAUGGUGUAAUGGUCAAUUGCUGGUGGGGUAUAGUUGAAGCACUUGUUCCACAAGAAUAUAACUGGAAGGGAUAUAAAAGGUUAUUUCAGAUGGUGCGCGACCUUAAACUUAAGCUUCAGGUAGUGAUGUCUUUCCAUGAAUGUGGAGGAAAUGUCCGUGAUGAUGUUUGUAUACCCCUACCACAUUGGGUGGUUGAGAUUGGUCGGAGCAAUCCAGACAUAUUCUUCACAGAUAGAUCAGGGAGACGCAAUCCAGAAUGUCUUUCAUGGGGGAUCGACAAAGAACGUGUUUUAAGAGGCCGGACUGCUUCAGAGGUUUACUUUGACUACAUGAGAAGCUUUCGGGUUGAAUUUGACGAGUUCUUUGUAGAUGGAGUCAUCUCGAUGAUCGAAAUUGGAUUAGGUCCAUGUGGGGAACUACGAUAUCCAUCUAAUCCUGUAAAGCAUGGUUGGAGAUAUCCAGGUGUUGGAGAAUUUCAGUGUUAUGAUCGAUACCUGUUAAAGAGUCUUACAAAGGCGGCUGAAACAAGGGGACACUCGUUCUGGGGAAGGGGACCCGAAAGUGCAGGUUCUUAUAAUUCGCGGCCGCAUGAAACUGGGUUCUUUUGUAAUGGAGGUGAUUAUGAUAGCUAUUAUGGCAGGUUCUUCCUUAAUUGGUAUUCUCAAGUAUUGAUCAACCAUGCUGAUCGGGUGCUUUCUUUAGCCAAAUUUGCUUUUGAAGGAACUUUCUUAACUAUGAAGCUAUCAGGUAUUCAUUGGUGGUACAAGACGGAAAGUCAUGCCGCCGAGUUAACAGCCGGCUUUUACAAUCCAUCCAAUCGUGACGGGUAUGCUGCAGUUAUGGAAAUGUUAAAGAAGCAUGGGAUUGGCUUAAACUUUACAUUGGCUCAAAUAGGUAUCUCGGAUUCACACAUGGACUCCUCAGAAGCACUUGGAGAUCCUGAUGGUUUGGCUUGGCAAGUAAUGAACACGGCCUGGGAUUCUUCUAUAGCCAUCACUAGUGAGAACGUUCUUCCCUGUCUUGACAAAGUAAGCUAUAACCAUGUACUUGAGAAUGCUAAGCCCCCAAGUGAUCCAGACGGAAGACAUUAUUCUGCUUUUACUUACCUUCGACUUGGUCCACUUCUCAUGGAACCUCACAAUAUUAUGGAGUUUGAAAGAUUUGUCAAGAGAAUGCAUGGAGAGGCGGUUCUUGAAAUCCAUGCAUAGGUCAAGAUGUGAAUGAUUAUUUAUUCUAAGUUACUAACCAAAUCCCAGUUUGAAACUCAGGUCAUAUUUAGUAUUAGUAACUGUAAAUUUGGUACAAGUGUAGAAAUCCAGGCCUGAAUGAAGAAACAUAACUAGGUGUUAGAAGCUUGUCAAUGCUAUCUGUGAUCAUUCCUGUGUUACACUCAGAAAUUUGCCUAAAUGAAAUGAGAUUUGAGCUAUUAUUUCUCUUC